AUGUCGACCCCUUCGACAGCCACAGCAACGCACCCGUCUCACCAUCCACACUAUGGCUAUUCACACCACCAAGUCGCAUACCAGUCCUCCAACGGCACGUAUCCCGCGGGCUCGUCGGCGCCUUCUCGUCUAGCGAAUAACUACACCUAUUCCGCCAGCACCCCUACGGCUGUGGCCGCAACCGCACAGUCUCAUCCUUUGCCCUCCGCCACCGCCAAGCCCAGUUCGUCGUCCAGCAACGUGCCUCCCUACGUCAACAACAAUUCCAACAGCGUCUCCAUGUCGUCCGCCGCCUCUGCUCGUCGGAAAAAGCCGAAUUGGCAGGAGUUUUACAAGAAUGGCCUGCCGAAGGAGGUCAUCGUCAUCGACGACACCCCUCCCCCGGACCAGACCACGGCCUCCUCUCGCGCCGUCGUGGCUGCCGGCGUCAAUGGCCAGCAGCCAGCUGGGAAAAAGAGGAGAACCGGCGUGGAGACGGCGUACGACUUGAGCUAUCACGAUCGCCCCUCGUAUUCGAUGAAUCCGCAACAAUACGGCGACCACCAUUCCUCUGCAGGGUCACUCUCGACCGAUCGCACCACCUCCCUUCACACCACCGCUCCAACAUCGCUGGGGUCGGCCGGGAGUGUUGGCACCAGCAAUGGUGUCUAUUUCGAAGAUGCCAACAUUGGCCAAAAGCGAAAACGCAACACUCGAACCUCGACCCGGCAGGAAGCCAAGCGUCGAGAACUCGAGACUGUGGGAGAUGCCUUUCUCAGCUAUGUUCCGCCGCCACAGCCCCCGAUAAAGGCAAAGGAUGUGCCUGUCCCGGUUAUUCGUGAUUACUCGUAUACGAGACACGAAAAGGUAGACGACGACGAUGGACACUAUAUAGUCAACAACGACACCCCUCUUACUGAUCGAUACUCGGUAGUCCGGUUACUCGGCCAAGGGACAUUCGGUAAAGUAGUGGAAGCAUUCGAUAAGCAACGCAAAGUGCGAUGCGCUGUCAAGAUCAUCCGCUCGGUGCAAAAGUACCGCGAUGCAUCGAAGAUUGAAUUACGAGUGCUGUCAACGCUCGCUUCAAAUGACAAAACGAACAGAAAUAGGUGUAUUCACCUGCGUGACUGUUUUGACUUUCGCAACCACAUUUGCAUUGUUACAGACCUUCUUGGUCAAAGUGUCUUUGACUUUCUCAAAAGCAACUCGUUUGUGCCAUUUCCAAGCAGUCAGAUUCAAAAUUUUGCUCGCCAGCUCUUUACGAGUGUAGCAUUCCUCCACGAUCUUAACCUCAUCCACACCGACCUCAAGCCAGAGAACAUUCUUUUGGUUAACAACAACUACCAAACCUUCACCUACAACCGCACCAUCCCCUCAUCCUCGCACACGUCAGCACGGAACGCUCGUCAUCGUCGAGUCUUGCUCGACAGUGAAAUCCGGCUAAUCGAUUUUGGCUCGGCCACGUUUGAUGACGAGUACCACUCUUCUGUGGUUUCGACUCGGCAUUACCGGGCGCCCGAAAUCAUUUUGAACUUGGGGUGGAGUUUUCCAUGUGAUAUCUGGAGUAUUGGUUGCAUCCUCGUCGAGUUCUUCACGGGAGAUGCCCUGUUCCAAACGCACGAUAACCUUGAGCAUCUAGCAAUGAUGGAAAGUGUCAUUGGCGGCCGAAUUGACCCCAAGCUAGUCAGACAGGCAGUCCAGGGUCGUGGAAACAGUCAGAACCAGGCUGCAAAGUAUUUCAAUCGAACAAAACUCGACUAUCCGAAUGCAGAGACGACAAGGGCGUCUCGUAAAUACGUCAAGGCGAUGAAGCAAUUACAUGAAUUUAUAAUCCCCCUCACCCCGUUCAACAAACUCUUUCUCGAUCUUCUUCAGAAAAUCUUUGUCUAUGACCCCAAGCAGCGGUUGACAGCCAAGCAAGCGCUUAAGCAUCCGUGGUUCAAAGAGAGUACAGUCGAUGAUGGGACUGAGGCUGUACGGCUUGCCAAUCUCCAUAGUCGUUCGCAAUCGCGAAACUGA